AUGACUUCUAUGAAUAGCUGGAGCAAUGAUGACUUUCAGAGGCAUGCAUUGGCUAAGAGCCGGCGCAUGGCUAUGCGAAGACCGGCCUACAUGUUUAAUGCCCGUUACAAUAGUCUAUCGCCAACAGAAGAACGUUUCCUAGAGGCGGCAGAGUAUGGAAAUAUCCCUGUCAUCCGUAGGAUGCUAGAAGAACUCCCAGACCUUAAUUUCAACUGUGUGGACUACAUGGGCCAGAAUGCAUUGCAGCUUGCGGUUGCCAAUGAGCACCUGGAAGUGACUGAACUCUUGCUGAGGAAAGAGAACCUGGCCAGGGUUGGUGAUGCUCUGCUUUUAGCCAUAAGUAAAGGCUACAUUCGUAUUGUGGAGGCCAUUUUGGGCCACCAAGCCUUUGCGGACACAUCUAAACUUACUAGCAGCCCCCUCCAGGCAGAGACGCAAGACGACUUCUUUGCCUAUGAUGAGGAUGGCACUCGGUUUUCCCAUGAUAUUACACCCAUUAUACUAGCUUCUCAUUGCCAUGAAUAUGAGAUUGUGCACAUUCUGCUAAGAAAGGGUGCCCACAUUGCACGACCACAUGACUACUUUUGCAAAUGCAACAGCUGCCUCUAUCACCAGGGGCACGACUCUUUUAGCCAUUCGCGUUCAAGAAUCAAUGCCUACAAAGGGCUGGCAAGCCCUGCCUACCUUUCCCUGUCCAGCGAGGAUCCGGUACUGACGGCUUUGGAGCUCAGCAAUGAACUGGCUGUACUGGCCAACAUAGAAAAAGAGUUCAAGAACGAUUAUCAAAAGCUGUCUAUGCAAUGUAAGGAUUUUGUAGUUGGACUUCUGGAUCUGUGUCGGAAUACAGAGGAGGUUGAAGCCAUUCUAAAUGGAGACACAGUGGCAGGUGGCCACUUUGACAAGGGUGGCAGACCUAAUCUAGUUCGCUUAAAACUGGCCAUCAAAUACGAGCUGAAAAAGUUUGUAGCCCAUCCAAACUGCCAACAGCAGCUUUUGUCCAUAUGGUAUGAGAAUCUGUCAGGGCUCAGGCAGCAAACCACAGCUGUCAAGUUGCUGGUGGUUCUGGGGGUGGUGGUUGGACUUCCCAUCCUGGCCUUACUGUACUGGAUAGCACCCUCAAGCAAGUUGGGGAAGAUCAUACGUGGUCCUUUCUUAAAAUUUGUGGCACACGCAGCUUCUUUCACAAUCUUUCUUGGCCUUCUCAUUAUGAACGCUGCUGACCGUUUCCAAGGGACAUCUCUCUUACCAAAUAUGACCAUCCACGACCACCCGUCCCAGUUGUUCCGCAUGAAGACCACCCCUUUUACCUGGAUGGAAAUGCUGAUUAUUUCCUGGGUCGUAGGAAUGAUUUGGGCUGAAUGUAAAGAGAUAUGGUCUCAGGGUCCUCGGGAAUAUCUGCUGGAGCCAUGGAAUUUGCUGGACUUUGGAAUGCUGGCCAUUUUUGUGACUUCAUUCAUUGCUAGAUUUAUGGCAUUUUGGCAUGCAAAUGUUGCACAGAGUUAUGUCGACAAGCACUACACAGAUCUAUCAAACAUUACCUUGCCCCUUGAGAUAGAAUACUAUCGUCUUGCUCGCAUCCACUGGGUUCCUUCAGACCCUCAGCUGAUCUCUGAGGGCCUUUAUGCCAUCGCAGUGGUUCUGAGCUUCUCUCGGAUUGCGUACAUCCUACCGGCGAAUGAGAGCUUUGGGCCCUUGCAGAUCUCUCUGGGUAGGACUGUGAAGGAUAUAUUCAAAUUCAUGGUGAUCUUCAUAAUGGUGUUUGUGGCUUUCAUGAUUGGAAUGUUUAACCUCUACUCGUACUAUCGUGGAGCCAAGCAGAAUGGCGCCUUCACAACGGUUGAGGAAAGCUUUAAAACUUUAUUUUGGGCUAUUUUUGGACUUUCUGAGGUCAAGUCUGUCAUCAUCAACAACGGGCACAAAUUCAUUGAGAAUAUUGGCUAUGUGCUUUACGGUGUCUACAACGUUACCAUGGUUAUCGUCUUACUCAACAUGCUCAUCGCCAUGAUCAACAACUCAUUUCAGGAAAUUGAGGAUGAUGCAGAUGUGGAGUGGAAAUUUGCCAGGGCUAAGCUGUGGUUUUCGUACUUUGAAGAAGGAGGGACGCUGCCUGUGCCCUUUAACCUCAUCCCCAGCCCAAAAUCAGUCAUCAGCCUGGCUAUGAAUCUCAAACAGCUCCUGCUAAUACCUCUUCACAGACACAAAGAGAACCUGAAGGAGGACACAGAGCUCAAUGAGUCGGGUAAACAAAAAGAAUCCAGUGAGAAGAAUUCACCUCAUACAAGUCGUUACCAGAGGAUCAUGAAAAGGCUAAUCAAACGAUAUGUGAUCAAAGCACAGACUGACAAAGAGGGAGAUGAAGUAAAUGAAGGGGAACUAAAGGAGAUAAAGCAGGAUAUCUCAAGUUUGCGCUAUGAGCUGCUGGAGGAGAAAUCCCGUCAGACGGAGGAGCUAGCAGAACUAGUCAGGAAACUGGGAGAGAGAAUGGCUGGUCAACGAACCCUAUAGUCUUUCUCAAUAGUAAAUCUCUUCCUUAUUCACAUUGGUGAUUCUCAUUAGAUUGUCAAUAUAAUAAAUUUUUUUUUCUCCAUUAAAAAUAUCAUCAAAUAAAGGUAAUACUCCUAACAAUGACAUAUGAAUACUUGAAAAAACAAAACAUAUCAGAACUGGG